AUGGCGUCUUUACAGACACCAUGGACCUCAAUCCUGCUGCAGGAGAGACCUGGACUGCACGAAUACAAUCAUGCUCUAUCAAAUGUCGAAAGGUACUACACUCGCUUGCAUCGAGCGAUGCAAGAUGGAUCCAUCCACGAUCAACUAGUUCUCAAUCCGGACCAGACACACUCACGCCUGCUGAAAUCCUUUGAAAUAUUGCGAGGCAAGCAGCUGCCAGGCCCUGUUGCCGAGGAGAUCUUCAAAACCAUGGUCCUCCCGUUUAUUCACGACAACAUAUUCUCACCAACACAAAUGAUUCAACUCGUUGGAACCGCCCUACCACUCAUCACAAAGCAGCAUUCUCGAUUUUUGCGAGACCUAGUAAACACCCUAAUAUCAUCUCAAGGGUUGUUUGAUCACCUGGUUGCAAAUGAAGAAUACACGGAGGUUUUGAAGGAAUGGCUGUUGUCGAAAAGAAACCAUCUGCCACUUGCUCUCUCCAGGCAGGUUGGAGACAGACUGAUUGCCAUGUGCAAUGCCUGUGCCGCUGAUCAUGGAACGAAAGAUAUCGUGAAUGGUUGGGACAUUGCCCAAAAACUGAUGGAAUCCAUCAACCUGGUCAUUGACACAUCCUACCAAGAAGAAUUGAAACGGACCAAAAUGGAGAAUCUACCUCCUCUUGAAUCAAUGAAAGUAUUCAAUCGGGACGAGAAAAACGACAAAAGGUUGACACGACUUCAGCAAGUUCCCAAAAGACAAUUCAAGGUCUCGGACGAGAUGCUCGGCCAGAUGAAACACUUCAACAUCCCACCACCAUUGUCCGCUCGAGGCUUUACCCAUGCAGCGGAGUAUCUUCAAAAUGAGAUAAUACCGUCACUCAUGCGCUCUGCCCUAGAGAGCUUCCCAUGCAGAAUCUGUUUGGAUAGGCUCACUACCGGGAAACUUGCAAGCACUCUGGCCAGCUCGAAAGAUGUGUCUUCGGAUCGAACUACAGCAUUGGGUAAUGCCCAAGAUAUUUUCGGAAGAAGAGUCGGGCUUUGGAAAGUUUUGCUUUCUGACGUCGCUUUCAAAAAUGCCAAAAAAUUGGUCCGUGGAGGUGACUUUGACGGCGUGGAACAAAAGCUCAGAGAUUUAGCAAGCGGUGAAUGGAAAGGAAAAGAUCUUUCUCGCCGUGUGGGCACCAAACAGCAGAAGAGGAGAAUGCAUGUUCCUAUCUUGGAAGUGUGCGCUUCUGCAACUGUGUCAAUCUUGUGGCAAGUCGAUGUCGGCUUCUACGAUGAGAUUCCAUGGGUACAGCAGCAAAUCGUCAAAGUUUGGCAAAUUGUGACCUCUGAAGAGGAGGUGUGUUUCUAUUUUAAACAAUAUGAGGCGUCUGCUAACUCGAACUUACAGCUGGAAGCUGCUAUCGAGCAAAUACUUUUGAUUCAAGAAUCCUACACCCCGGAACUUGUGCAGCUUUGUUUGGAACGUCCUGUUCAGCAAUCUGAUGGAACAUGGACACCACAGCGGUUUAAAAAUGUGAAAGAGACCGGGUCUUAUCAGAUGAAAUCCAUUGCUUCUUCCAAUGUAACCCCAGCUCUGAUUGAGAUGUCAAACAAGUUCUACAAUCUCACUGAGCCGUUUUUGAAAUCGAUGGUGAGUGAAAGGGACAUGGAAGAGUUCCCAUUUGAUCUCUCCCCCGAAGAACUGGAAAUUGUGAAGCACUUCAGCACAUCGACCUUGAUCCUCGGACGAAGUGGUACAGGAAAGACCACCUGUCUGUUGUUCAAAAUGCUUGCCAAGCACAAAGCGAGACAAUCAGACUCUGAUCAACAGCAAGCUCGACAGCUUCUCUUGACUCGCUCCUCCUACCUGGCUUCAAAGCUUCAAACAUACGCCAGAAGUCUGAUAGAAGCUCAGUCCAAAGCUACAUCAAACGAAGAGGAUGCAGACUCGGAUUUGAAGCCGACUUCGUUCUUUGCCUUGAAGAAUUGGCAUUUUCCAGUUGUCUGCACGUACGACGAGUUUCUUGCGCUUCUGGAGAAUACAAUUAGAAUGGCUGAUCGGAAAGACUUUUUAAGAGAUGUCAAUACCAACAAGACCAAGGGUCUUGACAUACAAGGGGGAGACAAGCCACAGGUGGUUGACUUCAGUAUUUUCAAGACAGAAUAUUGGGGCUCUAUAAGUGGAUUAGCUCCGCCAUCCUGCUCCCCAGAGCUCCUCUUCGCUGAAAUUAUGGGCGUCAUUAAAGGCUCCAGCAUCACGGCAAAAAGCCUGAAGCCCUUGAAUCGUGCAGAAUAUGUCAAGAAGAGCGCGAAAGCCUCUCCUGCCUUUACCUCCGAGGCAGAGCGUGAAAAGGUCUUUGGUGCAUUUGAGCGCUACGAAAAGCAGAAGAAGCUUCGCAAGGAGGUUGACGAGUUGGAUCGUGUUAGUGCCUUGCUGAGGUCCCUGAGAGACAACAAAGUUCUAGCAGAGCAGAUCCAGCGUUGUUUUGAGGAGAUCUAUGUUGAUGAAAUUCAAGACUUGCGUUGUCUCGAUAUCGUACUACUUUUAGGCUGCCUCAGUGAUGCCCGUGGGAUUCACCUUGCUGGUGAUACUGCCCAGUGCAUAUCAAAAGAUUCGGUUUUCCGAUUCCCGGAGAUCAAGGCUUUGUUCUACGAACAUUACGAAGUCAUUGCCAAUCAGCUAAAUCAGCCGUCAUUUGCUAAACCUGUCCAAUUCUCUCUGGCUAAGAACUAUCGCUCACAUCAAGGCAUUCUCAGCUUUGCAUCGUGGGUGAUGCAGUUACUCUGGCAUGGAUUUCCGGAAACUAUUGACAAAUUGGACCCAGAGAUUGGCCAGAUUGGUGGACCGAAGCCAAUUAUCUUUGCGGGAUUUGACUCCUCAAUUCUUUCUGCUAAGAUGAUAGGCCUGGUCAAGCUCAACGACAAGGUCGCCGAUUUCGGGGCCGAGCAAGUCAUUCUUGUCCGAGAUGAUGCAUCAAAGGACAAACUGCAAACCCAAAUUGGCGAGAUUGCCCUCGUUUUGACAAUCUUAGAAAGCAAGGGUAUGGAGUUUGAUGACGUCUUGGUGUAUGACUUCUUCGGCAGCAGUGGGCUUGGGAGUAGCUACCGAUGCCUUUACAUGCUUGCUAAAGCAGCAAGAGCGCAGUUUGAUUCCCAGAAGCAUGCCUCCCUUUAUGUUGCUGUUACUCGAGCCAGAAAGCAACUUUGGUUUAUGGAAACCCAAGAGAACAGCAUUGAUCCCAUUAUUCACACUCUGUUACAGAGCAACAGCCUCGAGCUCGCUGAAGUUGUUGCAUCAAAGGUAAUGGUUCUGCGGGCCGGUGGUUCAGUGGACCCAGAGAGGUGGCUCAAGAGAGCAGCACAUCUUCUCCAUCGGAGGAGCUUUGCAGAGGCAUUGUUCUGCUACAAGAAGGCCAAUGAUCCGCGAGGGAUGACACACUCGCAGGCGUGCUUGUAUGAGCAAGAAGGAAGAUCCCACCGAGCAGCCGGAAAUACUGAAGAGUUCAACACGUGCUAUGAGAAAGCCAUCGUUCUUUUUCUCGAAAUCGGCCUCAUUACCGAAGCAGCAACAUGCUAUGAGGGACUUGGGCAGUUCGACAAAGUUGCAGAGAUCUGGAAAGGUCGUGAGCAAUAUCAAAAAGCAGCAUCUUUCUACGAGAAAGGCAAGCUCUUCACCGACGCUUCGGAGUGUUAUCAUUCCUGUGGGCAAUACGAGGCGGCAAUCGAGGUCCUGCGCCGCGGAGACCAGUUCGAUGAACUCGUCACUUAUGCUAACAGGAACCGCGAGUACCUCAGCGAGUCUACCUUGCUUCGUUACUCGAGGCUCUGCAAUAUAUUGUUGAAGCAGGGACGUGUCUCUGCCAGUCUGCGGGCAAUAACCAUCAACAUGCUUGGAUCGGAUGUGUCCAAGGUUGCAUUUUUCAAAGAAUUCGAAAUGUGGGACCAGCUGCGAGUGCUCUAUUCGUCAAAGUCCAGAUGGUUCGAGUUUUACGAUCUAUCAGUGGCUGUUGGUGACAUACCUGCGGCGAUAAACACACUUCUCGUUCACAAAUUGAUACCGGUGGUCGAGAAGCCAAUUGUUGAAAAGCUGUUCAAUUAUUCUAUGGUCGAAGUGUUGUAUGCGCACAGAGACAUCAUUUCGGGAAACCGUGAGCGUGACGGGAUGCUGAAAUCAGUCAAAUCAACUUAUCUCGAAAAGCUUGGGGUUCAGUGGAAGGCGCUCUUGCAGCUGAUCGGAGACUUUGAUGAUGUGGAUUCACCCGCCUCAGUCAAAAACCUGGAGAAAGGUCUUCUAAAAGAUAUCUUUUGCCUUUUUGUGGUCGCUUUCGAGCCCUCAGUGUUCACGAAGCAGAAAGUCGAACACCUUCCGAUGGAUAUUAUCAUCCGAGUUGGAAAGCUGCUGCAGGACGUUCAUGCUCGGAACCUUUAUUCUUCUACUUGCUUAGCAAUGACUUGUGGCAUUUUUACCAACCCAAAACAAGAGAACCAGACGAUAUUACUUCACUGGUCUCCGCUCAGGACUAUCAAAGAGACAGCUGCUGACGAAUCUUCCUUCGAGAACCUGCUUGAUAUGGCGAAACACUUUAUCCAAGAGAGGUUUACCGCAGCAAUUACUCAGUUCCAUGAAAACGCAUGCAGCCUCAUGAAGAUAGAUUUUCCGUCGACAUGUUUCCAACAGCUUUACAAAGGACAUUGUUCAAGGUUUAAAUCCAAUGAAUGUUUCUGGGGUCAUGAUAAGCCUACUCCCGAGUUCGCUAUUGCGAAGUUGAAUUGUCUUCUCACCGUUGCUGAGGUUUUCGCACGGCUGACACCUAUUUACUAUCAAAGGAUUAUGGGCGAGGCUUUCAGCAAGCCAUUUCUGGGUCGUAGGAGAACUUGGAUGCAACAUAUCCAGGAAGAACUGGUGAUUGUCACUUCACUGGAGCAGUCCUCUACCGCAAUUGCAAAUUUACGUGCCAAUUUACAGAGCAAUCCAGAGUUUGCUGCAACCGCAUACUGCCUCGAAGAGUUGCUUUUCUAUCGCAUGGACAAAGAAUGGGGCUCGAUGAGUAGUCUGAGCUCCUCUCUGGAGAAAGUGCAAGAAGCUCAAGUUCUUGGCCCUCACCCAGCCACGCGUUUCCAGCGAGCACUUGUUUUGAACAUGGAUCGCAGUAUGCCACCACGCCCUAGAAGAUCUGGCCAUCCGCUUGCACUGCCUCUGACAACCUUGAAUGCCACCGAAAGAAUUCGGUCGGCGGUGGCAGGACGCCGCGGUCUAGCAUUUCACAACGGCGUAAACGCCUUCCUCCAAUGUCUCGAGAAAACCCCCAAAUCCUCCCUUGAGUCUCUGCAUGCUGUUUUGUCUGUGCUUGAGUUUGCAGCUACAUACAUUCUUUGUAUCGCCAAUCCGGGAAAGGGCAUCGUGAUUCCGUGGUCCUGGGCCCUACAGCAUCUUUCGACAAUUAUGCAAUCUCCCGCUAAAGACCACACGUUCAAGGAAAGAGAGAUCCGAGUGCACACGACCGACUUGAUGAACAUUGUUGUCAGCUUCUGCACCCUCAUGGAACAGGUUGAAAAUGCCAUUAGCAGCGGCAUUCUCAGGUUUCAGGGAAUGGGAGGCAAUGGUCUUCCAAUUCCUAUUAUCAAACGGCGCUGCACUGAGCUUCUGACGACCGUGAUUCUCAACCUGAAUCAUUGGCCCAAACAGCCACUUGGCUUUAAAGAUAUGGAGAAAAUGGUCAACAAGGCCCUUCGAUCCCUUGUUCCACCGGGAAUGGCACUGGAAUUUUCAAACAGCGAGAGGUUCCGGCAAAGUUGCAUCCGGGAGUAUACAGCUUACAACCACAAAGACGAGCUGUGUGUCAUUGCGCUUGACGACAGAAAGUCCGCCCCUCUCUUCCUGCGGUCUUUCACACAAAGCAACGCGAAAUUCGCACAGCUAAGUGAUAUCUUACAGGCCUCGCGUAUUGCCGAGAACCCCCUUUCUAUGGGUCUGGGAGAGGACUGGCAGGUUGACGAAUACACCGGCUACGAGCUCGACAUGAUCAUGAAUCUUCAGCGACGCUGGCGACAGGUGAUAAAUCACCUCGAGAAGAACCGCCGCAGGGCACAAACCCGCGAGUGGAAACUUAUCCAGCACUUCCAUGAAAUGUGCACGAUACGGAUGGGCUCUCUAUCCACGACCACUUGGUCGACUCGUGACAAAAUACACAUGCGCAAGGUAAUCUUUACCGACUGUAUGAAGAUCGCUAUGUCUCUCAAUGGUGUUUUGGCCAGCUUCCGACAACUGAAGGACCGGUGGAGGCAGCAAUUCGACAGCAAUUGGUCCACCGCAAAGCUAGAGGAGCUCUCUGUCAUCCGCGGACGGAUUCUUCCUAUCGACAGCCAGCUUGAGUACAUCGUUGAGCACUGGUCUCCUAAAGGAAUCGAGGAAGGUAUGAUGACCGUUCAAGCCGAAGACCUCGGUAUUUCGGCCCGCGAGGCCCAGCGCGCUCUCUGGGCUGUUCAGCGCGAGAUUGAAAUCAUCCAAUCUCAGGUUGACAUCAUUGCGAAAAGUGCUAACCGGUAA